CCGAGAUGGCGGUCCCUGGUGUGUGUCUGCUGUGCCUGUUGACGCUCUUCGUCCUCCCAACCCCAUCUCUCGGAGUCAGUAUCCAGUCUGACAUAAUUUCAAGAUGCAACAACGCGACUGGUCCUGCUGAUCAGUGCAGCAUUGUUGGUGACGGAGAUUUCUAUGGACUAGGGGUCAGAAUCGGCAUCUAUGCAUCGUGGUUCGCCUCUUGGGUCAGCAACAGCUUCCUGCUCGACGCACGAGAGAUCUGUCAAUCGCUUGACACCAACGCCAGCUUUUUGUUCGCCAUCGCCGUCGUCGUCGCCACGUACUCCACGUCGGGUAACAUCCGAGUCAUCGACGCGCUGAUCCUCCUGCUCCUGUCGUUCGGUUACCUGCUCAGCGUCAUGACCCUGUGGGGAUACAGGACGAAGCCCGCAAACCGCAAGCACUUCGGCGGCUGGGGCACACAUUUCCGCCUGAUCCUCGUGAACGCGAUAUGCGCGUAUGGCAUUUGGUUCUGGAGUGUCGGCAUGACUGACAAGCUGCCCCAGUGCAACACGAGGGAACAAUGCGGCGGGCUGAAGUUGUGGAUUCUCGUCGAGGUCCCCAUCGCGGGCGCCGGCAUCCGAAAUCUGUUCCUGGCCUUUUCUUGCAUCUGUGGUGCCUUUUAUUUCACCAUGUUCCUUGCCGCCAGUCUUGCUCUUCUGAAGCUCCUGCGGGACAUGAGUGACAGCAACUGGAAGGACUGCCGUGAGCCCUUCAGCUGGAAGCUGCGAGAAAAGAUCGCAAAGGCGGAGCCUUGGCCUCUGAAUCUGCCAAAAUGGACUAGGAUGUCAAUCGCCGGUUUGACGGGUGUGUGGCUUGUCUUUGCCAUCGCGUCGAUAGAGAUGACUCUCAAGAUCAAUCACGUCACGGGCGAUCGUGUCCAGACAUUCAUCGCCACUGCUGGUCAAUUCAUCCCGCUUGUCAUCGGCGGCUGUACCCUUCUUAGGGUCCUCUGGAAAGUGGGGUUAUGGGCGGACUUGGUGGUGGAGAGCCGUUACCACGUUCCUGCCCUGGCUUUGCGUGUUCAAAUGUUGGAGACGCUCUGGCCGAAGGCGUCCGAUGCGAAGAAAGCGUCGCGAAUCGGGUUCCGCAAGCUACAGCUUCUCGAGCUCUACCUCGGAGUCCUAUGGUUCUCGUUCCUCGCCGUCAUCGGAUCGAAGUAG